AUGGCAUUCAGUCAAACAAGACUUCAGACAUCACAGUUGGUGGAGCUCCAUGUUUUUUAUGUCCCAGAAGAAGUGUGGAACUUCACGCUGAAUACAGUUCCCGUAGCUCUUAGUAGCAAGUUCGUCUCGGCCGGAUUUAUAAGGGUGUCUCCUCACAUCACACUAAGAGUGCUACGAGAGAAGCUUGGAGAGUACCUGGGUGGAGUUGCAGUUGCAGAUAAAUUCAGAUUUUUAAAAUGCAUUGGGAAGAAACUAGCAGUGGUGAAUGCAAAGCAAGAAACGGAACUGGAACUGAAGUCAUUUGCUCCUCCUUACGCACUUUUUCCUGAAUUAUAUUUAUUACCUGCAGUGGAGCACUUUAAAGAUGUUUAUCCAUUAUUAUCAUCUACUCAACAAAGACAUCACUUCAAUGAAAAUGAUAAUAGGUCUUGUCAUGGAUCAAGAUUAGCCAGUCUUCUCCAACAAAAACCUGAAAAAAGCAAACAGUCUUUAGAAAGCAGUCAAAGCAGUCAUCAGCUAGAAAAUCAGAAAGUGCACAGUACUGUGGAAUGGGGUGAGAAAGAAACUGUUCCAGUUUUGCACACAAAAUACAAGCAAGACAAUAACAACAGGAUCCAAGGAAAACAGAUAGAGUUUAGCGAAAAAGAUCAAAAUGGAUCCAGUGCCUCUCUCUUCACACCAAAUCAUUCAAAUCCUGAAGACUCGAAGUCUGGAAAGACUUCUCAGCAAAGUCAUCUCAGUCAAGAUCAAGAAGAAGGUAACACUCCUAAGUGGAAUGACAAAGCCAAAGGAACUGCUUUUACUCUUCAUGUAAACCACAGUGAUUCACAAGGCCAGAAUAACCAAACACCCCAAAAUCACAUUAAAUAUCAAAAAGAACUAACAAACAUGAAAAAUAAUGACCACCAAAAAGAAACCAAACUAAGAAAAAACAGAACACAGGGUGCUGGAAUUCUUAAAGUAAUGGAAGACCAAACCACAGAUUAUUUACACAAACCCCAAAGCUUGCAACAGUACAGAACUAGCAAGUCUAUAGCUGAUCGUGGUCUGGAUAAUCAGGCAGAUGAAAACAAGCAAAAACAUCUUACUUGUGCAAAAGAAUAUAUUUCAUCUCCUAGUCCUUCUUUUCUGGCACUUUCUGUAAGUCCAGCUCAAGUUCCUGCAAUUCAGGCAGCAG